AUGAAUACAAUAACGGAGAUUUUUACACGGGUUAAACCGCUGUUCGAAAAGGUGCUACGAAGCCAGGACGUAGCUGACAUUCGGCGGUUAAACGAACUGCUGGUCACAAUCGAUGGACCCAGCAUGCAGAUUCUGCAACGGAUUUGGCUGCAGCAGUUGGUCAUUCUGGUGGAUAACGUUUCCGGGAGGAACGUCAACGAGAUUAAGACCGCUUUGUUGGAGUGCCUUUGCACUAUUCUCCAGAAGUGUAAAUUUAGCCAGGCCGUGGCUAUGAAAACAACGUUGGUUGUCCUGUUGAAGCAAAUUUACAAUGGCAGUGAGGGUAAGCUGGUAGACGGACUUUCGGAGGAAAUGAAAUUGGCUACGGUGAAGGCGUUAACAUUGACGUCGAAGAACAUCGAGUCGGAACUGGUGGAAGAGGUUUAUCGGAAGGAUAACCUGAACCUGCUUUCGCAGGUUCUAUUUGUAUGUGUCACUUUGUUAGGAACGGAACGCUAUCGGAAAUUACGAAUUCAUUCCGUUGAGUGUAUCUUGGCCACAAUGCAAAUCCACGAUGAAUUCGAUUCGACGGAUUCCGUGCUGCGGCAUCAGGUAGCGGAGCUGCUUUUCAUAGUUCUACCAAAGCUUCUGGUGGCACUUGUAACCGUUAUUAACGGAGACGAAAAGCAAGGCACUGCCGUUGUUCGAAUUGCGGUAAAAGCAUUAGGAAGAAUUUUGGUGCUGAUAUUUGAAGAUUACGAGAAAAAACAUCUGGAACAGCUAGGAACAACGGAGGAUUUUGUGAAGCUUUCUAAAGAGCUAGGUACUUCGGCUGACGUUCGGCAAAAUGUGCUCGGGAUGGGCUUGAGGAAUUCGAAGGCUAGAGAGGAAUAUUUUAGCAGUGCGGAACGGAAUCAGGCUUGGCUUUUGGAAGCAGACAAGCGAGUACAUAAAGUGCUGACGACAAUUGCUCAUCUGAGAGGUGUUGAGGAAGAUUCUGUCCGACUGGAGUAUGCACGGAUGAACGCUGACCUGCUGGACAAAUGUCUUCCGAAUAUGCCAUGUUGUUCGGUAACGUUUCUGGAGUCUCUGCUUGCCCUGAGGCAAGACAGUGCCGAGCGAGUGCGAACGGUCUGUGGAACUGCUUUGGAAGCGUCCUCAAACAAGGGGAGUCUGUUAUUCGGCUCUUUCAGAACGGAUGAACUUUUCUAUGAAGCGCUAAAACCCAUUGCACGCAGCAUCUAUCGAGCAGAGGAAACGGAUCAGAUAGCACACUUUCAGCUGAUAAAGGGUUACUUUAAUUUCCUGACCGAUUCCCAGCUGAAUGUGGUUCUAUCCAACCAGGAAAUUCUCAAUCAGUUAAUUGUCGUACUUUUAGCUGGCGCAGAAUUGGACCAAUCAGACGAACUGGUCCGUCGAGAGUACCUGUCCUAUCGCUUUGAAUACGCCUCUGAUGGUGAUAAACUGGGAAAUGAAAAGCGAGAGUCUCGAUGGAUAAUUUUACGCAACUUCCAAGGGUCUAAUCGGGCUGAAAAGACAUACUUGGAAAUGGUUCACAGCCUAUCAGAACAUCCGAAUAGCUUGGGCACGAUACUAAACUACAUUCAGGAAGAUUUGUUUACCACAAAGCUAAACAACAAUAGCUAUCUGUUCCUGCUUUCCGAGUUGAUUCCUACGGAAGUGGAAAAUACCCUUCUUUCGUCAGGGUUACGGAAUGUGUUUUCCGAAAUUCUGCAAAGCUAUCACUGGCAGUUGGAACUGGAUGAUACGGCUCACGUUUCUGAUCUCAAAUUUAAUGUACUUCAUAUCUGUCUUGCACUGCGAUUGGUUGGCCGGUUCUGUCACCUCUUUCGGAAGGACUUCGCCUGUUGGCAGUUAUACGAUGUGCUGCGGAAUAUUCUAUCCGUUACGGGAAGCAGUCUAAACUGUCUGGUAGAUGCGGCAGAAAUGACGCUGGACAGUAUCGCAGGUAGUUUCGGUUUUGAUUCGAUCCACGGAUUGAUUACGGACAAUUUGGACUACAUCUCGCAGCACAUUGGUCAGUGUUUGAAACGGCCGUCCACUUUUCCAGCCGUCGUUCACACGCUCGAAUCCGUUUUACGAUUUGUGCCAUAUGAAUCGUCUGUCGUGUUAGAAUCCACUAUCAGUCCCAUCGUCAUGACCAUUUUGGAUAAUCAUGAUCAGCGGGUUGGAACUGGCAGAAUUCUGUGCCUGCGAGUGCUUCAAAUUUUCAUCAGAGCCAUUCGGCUUCGCUACGUACCGUCUCCGCUCGAGGAGGACGAUUUGCGGCACCAAACGGACGCUCAAAACAAGUUGGAUGAAAAAUUAGCUCAACUAAAAAAGCAGGUGGAAAAUAAGCUUCCAGCCCAGGAAUUUGGUGCCACUUUAGAGGAACUUAGCGAUGAAGAUGACGAAAAAAACGAUUUGAUGGAAGCCGAAACGGAACCGGAGGUUCCCUACCAAAGCGAGGAAGAUAAGCUUCCGGCGCACAUUCGUAUGACGCUCAAAAUUCUCACGGUUUGCUUCAAAUAUCUAUCAUCAACCGUUCCGGAUGAGAGAAUCAUUGCUCUCGGGACGCUGGACGAAGGCAUUCGGUUGCUGCGGGAUCACGAAAACCAGCUGCUUCCGUUGGUGCAUCAAAUUUGGUUCAACUUUUCGGAACGUUUCGCGGAUUCCAACGUGGUCGUGAUUGGUCGAGCUUUCGAUCUGCUAGUUACCUUGGCGCAGUUGGCAAAGGAUUUCAUCCGCAAGCGGACACUAGACGAUGUCCUGCCGCGGCUGACCGUCUUCAUGCGAGACUCGGUUUCAGCGGACUGCAGCGCCCAUCAGACGUUCAAAUUGCAACGGAAAAUCCUUACCCAUGCGCCGGAACUGGUGAUCUGGUUGCAGCUGAACGAACGCCAACUCGAUCGGGUACUGGAAGUGGUCAAACUGUACAUUGACCGUCGUCACCCGAAUCAACGGCGAGAGCUUCAAUCGUUGGCCAGAUCGUGCUUCGAACGUUUAGCUGCCCGUUACGAUCCGGGCGCGGUUUUCGUUAAGCUAGGCUGCGAUGCAAGUUUUUUCAGUCAAAACAAGGUUUCGCUGUAAAAAAGUUUUAUUUUUGUCGCUUGUAAUUCAUAUAAAAAGGUUAAUAUUAACGGGAUUUGUAGAUAUUAGGUGAUAAUUUAAAUAGAGAACAAUAGAUUAUUUCAGAAAUAACAAAUUUAUAUGCGCUCCGGCGACAGCUCUAACUGGAAAGUGAUUUGUCAACUUUUUGACUUCCUAAUUGCUAAUGCAAGCUUACGCUUUGAGAGAAUAAAAGCCUUCUUAGAAGUGUUACGAGAACUGGUGUU